UAGCAGAAAGAUUCCCAAUUCCCUCAAAAAGGGCUCCAAAUUUCAAACCCUAAUUCUUCUCUCUUCAUCGCCGAUCGAAGAAAUGUCGCAUUUCGGGAGAUCUGGGCCACCGGACAUCAGAGACACCUUCUCUCUCCUCGUCCUCAACAUCACUUUCCGUACUUCAGCUGAUGACUUGUUCCCCCUGUUUGAUAAGUACGGCAAGGUGGUUGAUGUGUUCAUUCCUCGGGACCGGAGAACUGGGGACUCCAGGGGUUUCGCAUUUGUGCGAUAUAAGUAUCAAGAUGAGGCUGCAAAAGCAGUUGAGAAGCUGGAUGGAAGAGUUGUUGAUGGGCGAGAAAUAAUGGUUCAAUUUGCUAAAUAUGGACCCAAUGCUGAACGAAUUGAUAAAGGUAGAAUUGAGGAACCUGUAUACAAGUCUAAAGGCAGGUCAAGAAGCCGCAGCCCACGCCCAAGGUAUGAUGACAGGGAUCGGGACUACAGGAGGAGCAGUGAAACUAGAAGUAGGGGAAGAAGUGAGCGUGAGUCUUAUCGUGGUAGGCACAGGGAAUCUUCCUAUCGAAGCAGGAGUCGGUCCAGGAGUCGAAGCCGCAGUGCAAGUCCUGGCUAUCGCAGAGAACGUGGUAGAGGAAAAUAUGAUGAUGGCGAUAGACGUAGACGAAGUCGGUCUUAUGAAAGUGCAUCUCCUGUUCGAAGGAGUCUCACUCCUCGUAGAUCUCCUUCCCCAAACAAAUCACCUCUAUCUAGGGAUGGAAGUCCUGAUGUGCGUCAUGCCAAAAUUGAAAAAUCUGCCACCCCUAAGAGUGUCUCUCCUCGCGGCCGCCGCGGUGAUUCUCGUAGCCCGUCUCCACAUGAUGAGGCUGAUGAAUAAUGGAUUGGCAGCAUGUGCUUUCUUAAUUUGACCUAUCAUCAUAUGGUGGUUGCGAUCAAUACUUCCCCUAAAGAUCUUGUCAUCCGUUUGAAUACCUAUGCGUUGUACUAGACUUGUUUUGUUGUUUUAUGUUAGAUUCUGCACCAGACAUAAAUGGUUCGGUACCAGUCUUUAAACUCUUUUAUCAUUCUUAGGUGGAUUGAGCUUUCUCUGGUAGAUUUCUUAUUCCUAAUAUGAAUGUGUGCCAUUGAACAUCUCACUCUUAUGACGUCUUUAUUUGCCUUCUAUAGUUUGUGAACGUGAGGUAGUUGCUGAUUGGCAACGAUGAUGCAGCAGCUACUGAUGCUGUUUUUAGAUGAUGCUGUAGGUAUCGGUGCUGCUUUUACAUUGCUGUUGAUUGUUAUGAUUUCUUGCUGGUGAUGGUGAUGGUGAUGAUAUAAGGUUUGUUUGCAAGCUCUCUGAGUAUGUCAUUAUUGGUGAGGUUUCUUACCAAUAUAGUACUACUAAUAUCUAACAUCACACAUUUUAAGACUGCUCGACGAUGGUAAGAUGUCAACUUGCUUGGCUUUUCACUUUAUUUUGCUCUUCGAGAUUGUGCUUUGGAUAUUUUUGAUUCACUAGCUGUGUACAUUACUCGCUCUGUGCUGAUAUCGGUUACUCUGUUACAGCACAUGAGAUUGUGGCUGUAGCUGUGAGGUACCCGUUGUAGAUCGAUUGUCGCUGAUAGCUGUAGAAGCUGAUGCUGGUUUUUUGAUGAAUGGUUUUAGGAGCUGUGUUGCAGUUGGUUGCUGUUACCAUUGCAGUUUGAUCCCAUUUUUUCCCAGUUUAAAGCUUUUUUUUGCUAGACUUUAACAAAUACUCUUUUUUUGUUUCUUUUAUUUGAUUAAAUCAUUGGAUAAAUCAAGUACAGGCUUGUGGUUAGAACGCCAGUUAUAUAGUAUCAUUUAAGUUUGUGGAGUCAUUGUCUCCUGACAGAUAUACUAAUAUUUGAUGUGUCGGAAUUAGUAAUGUGCUUUUACAUUAAA